CUGUCAACUGGAGACUCAUUCAGGUCAAUAGCUUUUAGCUACAGGGUGGGUUACUGCACAGUGGCAAGGGUUGUAAAAGAAGUGUGUGAGGCAAUAUGGUCUCUCAUGGUCCAGGACUACAUGCCCUUCCCUGAGCAACAGCACUGGAAGAGGAUCGCGGAGGACUUCCAUAGGCUUUGGAACUUCCCCAACUGUCUGGGAGCAAUUGAUGGGAAGCAUGUAACAAUACAGGCCCCAACUUCAACAGGGUCAAUGUAUUUUAACUACAAAGGUAGCUUCUCCAUCGUCCUCCUGGCAGUGGUUGAUGCCCGGUACCUUUUUCGGAUGGUGGAUGUGGGGGCAUACGGAAAAAGCAGUGACGGUGGGACCCUCUGUGCCUCCGACUUUGGCAAGGCCCUCCACCAGGGAACCCUCGACCUGCCAGAGGAUGCACGUUUGCCAGGAGCAGUAGACCUCCAGCCUGUGCCACAUGUGUUUGUGGGUGACGAGGCUUUUCCUUUGAAGAGGCACCUUCUCCGACCCUACCCAGGAAAACAUCUCGACAGAGAGAAGCGUGUGUUUAUUUACCGUCUUUCCCGUGCAAGGCGGCUGGUGGAGUGCACAUUUGGGAUACUUGCUGCCCAAUGGAGACUCUACCACAGAGUGCUUGGUGUCUCACCAAAAGUGGCAGAUGCAGUGGUGAAGGCCACUUGCAUCCUUCACAAUUUCCUACGCUAUGAGGAUGCUAAUGAAGAGGAAGGAAGUUGUGCCCCCCUGCCAUCAGAGCCACAGUUUGCCAUGCAGCCCAUCCAGCAAGCAGGCAGCAACAAUGCCUCUAGGGAAGCACUGGAAAUAAGGCAAAGGUACACCAACUACUUUUCCUCUCCAGCAGGUGAAGUUGCAUGGCAGCAUUCUGUCAUCUAAUCCCUCAUAAUUACUCCCAUCACCAUCAGGACCACUAACAUCAGUACCAUUCAGGACCACCACCAAUUUAAAAUAAAAUAAAAAGGCUCUUUUAAGAGCCACCCAUAACCUUAGAAAAUGAGCAUAUUUCCUUUCCCUAACAAGCUACACAUUACGAAUAAAAUAAAAUAGUAGUAUAAAUCAAAAGAGGAAAAUAAAUGACUGGAAAAGAUGAAUGCUUUUAAUAAUUAUUUUAAUGAUCACUUUUCAUGUACAGAUUCAUAAAUACAUCAAACUGCAAAUUAAAAAAUAAAAUUAUUGAUUGUUACAUGUAGUAAUUUGGUGAGUCUAUUAGGUCAUGUUUGUGUGCGUGUCUUGUCUGUAUGUUUGUUUAUGUGUGCAUGAUAGUGUUUUAUUGAUUGUUAAAUUCUGCUUCAUGUAAUAUUUGUUGAAAUUUGAUUUUAACUUCAGAUCGACUGCGUGGA